ACGCAAGCAUGUAGACUUUGAUACCAUUAUGCAAAUGUUAAAACUUGAAGCCAACCGAACUUCAAAAAGUCAGGAACACGUGGACGUAUAGCAAUGGCUGAUCACUGCCAACUCACCGCUUAUCAAGACCUCCUCCUCAAGGGCGUUAUUUUCCCGCCAUCAUCGUUAAUGCGAGUCUCAGUCGUCAGUUUCAGGUUGUAACUGAAAUCACGAAGAAGCUCCAAUGGCCGCCACAAGCAACGCCGUCGUGCUCAUCGUCAUACUUGCGAUCACCUUCUCUUCCUCCUCCGCAGUGACCGAGACGCAGGCACCUUCUCCACCGGCUCUCACCUGUACGGAGGAGCUAGUCAUGUUCUCUCCAUGCCUUCCUUACGUCUCCGCUGCACCGAACAACAUCUCAGACGCGCCGGAUCCUCUUUGCUGCUCGGCUUUCUCCACAUCCGUUAAUUCCGGCGCCGGAAACUGCCUCUGUUAUCUUCUCCGGCAACCUAUGAUCCUUGGAUUCCCGUUGGAUAGAUCACGACUGCUUUCUCUUUCCCAGAUCUGUAGCGAUCUUAGCUCCGACGAAUCUUUCGAGUCUAUCUGCUCGCCAUCAGAGUCGCCGGAGCUUCCGCCGCUUCAGAGCAUUCAGUUCACAGCUCCUUUUGUUUACGGUGAUAAAGCUUCCGCAUCUUCUCCAUCGUUCGCCAUUUCACGGGAAGCCGCCGGAAUUUCACCAACCUCCGAUCAACCCUCACCAGAGACAGAUAGCUUAUCAUCAACACCAGAAUCCAUCAUAAACGGCUCCCCAAAGAUCACAAGCUUCUGCUUUCUCUCGACCAUCAUCAUGACGCUGCCCACUUUUGAUCUCUUCCUUUUGGCUUUGUGA